GGCGGACUGGACGCUAUACCGGGAAGACCUCGGGCGCUUCCUAGCACAAAACGCACCCCCAGCAACCGUCGAAGGGAAGGUCGAGCACGUGAAGACCGCGAUCUUCGAAGCAGCACGCAGAAGCAUUCCGCGCACAAACGUCGCGCGGAAAAGGCACAAGCGCCCGAGGGGGUCGGCGCCCGGCGUGGGCACGGAGCUAGACCUCGCCUUGAGAGAGCGAGGAGAGUGCAUGCGCAGGUUAGCACUCUGCCCGCCGGGAC